UUUUUUAUUUUUUUUCCUUGCGUUCACUUCCGGGUCCGGUGCCGAUCCGGAUGCCCGAGGCAGGAGGAUGUUUGACCUCCGGAUAAGUGAGGCGCUGCUGUGCAUUCAUUCCCGGCUGCAUCGGUGGCGACAGCAGCGGCCCAGGCGGCGACUCUCCAGCCACAGGCGGCGGUAGGAGGCACCGGCAGUAGUGAAGGGAUUCAGUCCGAGUGGAGCUGCGUUACCUUUCUCGCUUGUUCCUUACCCUCUACCUCGCUCUCUCCCUCCCUGGGUGGCUCGCUUCCCUCCGUCGACCGCCAGUGGUGUGAUGUGCCGCGGCCGCUGCCCCCUUCGCUGCUGAGUGACGGAGCGGGGGCGUCGCCCGAGCCCCAGACCGACCCCGCUGCUCCAGACCGCGCCUCUGAGCUCCCUAUCAUCAUCAGUGCACAUCAUUGAAAAUAAAAUUUUGAAGACAUGUUUUGCUGAAAAGACAACUGAGAAAAAUUUUACGAAUGGGAUGAACACGCACCAGUUAAUUGACUACCUACUGUUAAUUUGAAUGUUAACAUUACCCACCUGGUACAGUGACCUAGUGAUGUACCUAUUCUCACAAUACCCUAUUUCAGUGUACUUGUCUUGAUUAAAGAAUUCAAAGUGGAGUACCAGAAACUUGAUAUGGAUAAUAAAAAGAAAGACAAGGACAAAUCAGAUGAUAGAAUGGCUCGACCUAGUGGUCGAUCGGGACACAACACUCGAGGAACUGGGUCUUCAUCCUCUGGAGUUUUAAUGGUUGGACCUAAUUUCAGAGUUGGAAAAAAAAUUGGAUGUGGCAAUUUUGGAGAACUACGAUUAGGGAAAAAUUUAUAUACAAAUGAAUAUGUGGCGAUUAAACUGGAACCCAUGAAAUCCAGAGCACCACAGCUACAUUUGGAAUAUAGAUUCUAUAAACAGUUAGGAUCUGGAGAUGGUAUACCUCAAGUUUACUAUUUUGGCCCUUGUGGUAAAUACAACGCCAUGGUGCUGGAACUGCUGGGACCUAGUUUGGAAGAUUUGUUUGAUUUGUGUGACCGAACAUUUUCUCUUAAAACAGUUCUCAUGAUAGCUAUCCAACUGAUUUCUCGCAUGGAAUAUGUCCAUUCAAAGAACUUGAUAUACAGAGAUGUGAAACCUGAGAACUUCUUAAUAGGACGACCAGGAAAUAAAACCCAGCAAGUUAUUCAUAUUAUAGAUUUUGGUUUGGCAAAGGAAUAUAUUGAUCCAGAGACAAAGAAACACAUACCAUACAGAGAACACAAGAGCCUUACGGGAACAGCUAGAUAUAUGAGCAUAAAUACACAUUUAGGAAAAGAACAAAGUAGAAGAGAUGACUUAGAAGCCUUAGGUCAUAUGUUCAUGUAUUUUCUUAGAGGCAGUCUUCCUUGGCAAGGUUUAAAGGCUGAUACAUUAAAAGAGCGGUAUCAGAAAAUUGGAGAUACAAAACGAGCUACACCAAUAGAAGUGUUAUGUGAGAAUUUUCCAGAAGAAAUGGCAACGUAUCUUCGUUAUGUAAGAAGAUUAGAUUUUUUUGAAAAACCAGACUAUGACUACCUAAGAAAGCUUUUUACUGACUUGUUUGAUCGAAAAGGAUACAUGUUUGAUUAUGAAUAUGACUGGAUUGGUAAACAGUUGCCUACUCCAGUAGGGGCAGUUCAGCAAGAUCCUGCUCUGUCAUCAAACAGAGAAGCACAUCAACACAGAGAUAAGAUGCAACAAUCUAAAAACCAGUCGGCAGACCACAGGGCAGCUUGGGACUCCCAGCAGGCAAAUCCCCACCAUUUGAGAGCUCACCUUGCAGCAGACAGACAUGGUGGCUCGGUACAGGUUGUAAGUUCUACAAAUGGAGAGUUAAACACAGAUGACCCCACUGCGGGACGUUCAAAUGCACCCAUCACAGCCCCUACAGAAGUAGAAGUGAUGGAUGAAACCAACUGCCAGAAAGUGUUGAACAUGUGGUGCUGCUGUUUUUUCAAACGAAGGAAAAGAAAAACCAUACAGCGGCACAAAUGACUCUGGACGCAGACGGAUCAUGGGGAGUUACUUACGUGUUCAUCUUCAGUCUUGUGAUUGAAAUCAUCUCUGUAGUGACCACAUAUAUUUUGAAGGACUCACUCUUAGAAACAGAAAUGUCCUACUUUCAUACUUCUUUUGGUGGUUGUCUUACAUUCAUAUUUUUUUAAUUUAACUUUUAUGAAAGCUUUAAAGUUUUGUCAAAAGAUGAGUGCUUUGCCCAUCAGUGAAUGGAAUGGACCAAUGAGGUAGUAUUUUUUCCAAUUUUUUAAAAAACUGAUUUUAGAGAGAGAAAGGAAGUGGGAGGGAGAGAGAAACAUUGGUUUGUUGUUCCACUUAUUUAUGUAUUCAUUGGUUUAUUCUUGCAUGUGCCCUGACUGAGGACUGAACCUGCAACCUUGGUGUAUUUGGACAGAUGGUCUAACUAACUGAGCUACCUGGCCAGGGCUGAAGUAGUUUUGAUGAAAACAGUUCUAUAGAACAUUUUUCAGAAGCUCUGCUAUUGUAGAAAGCAGUACAGUAUCUUAAAUGUCAACCAGUUAUAUAUCUAAAUCCGUUUUUUAAUAACUUCUGUAACUGCAUAAUCAAAUAGGAAUGUUCUCCCCAGUGGGUAAUGCAACAAAGAAAAUAGAGUUGCCCAAAUGUUUAAAGAUGUUGUUACUUGAGAAGUUCAGUUUUGGUGUGACAUUGGCAUUGGCAUCAGUAUUACUGAUGGUACUGCUUCAUCAGUCAUAUUGACACUCUCUCUGUGAAAUCAUGGUACAGUCACUGCCCAGAGGUACCGAGGAACAUCUCCGUAGAGUCUGUGGGUUCUGCAGAUGUUAGUGGUGAAAUGAACCACAGGUAACCUGGUAAAUACGAGCUCUGCCUUUGUCAUACCGCUAUGUGAAUUACAGUGUUGCUGGACUGGCAAAAGCGCUUAUUUUAAAAAUGCAAAAUAUUUGUAUAAUGUAACUUUAUGCUUCCAGAUUAUGUACGGUAGAUAGCAAGAGAUGAAUACUUUGAGAAAUGAGAUAUGUGGGAGUUUUUUUUUUUAAUACACUAAGAAGAAGAAGUAAAUGUGAAUCUUUUUGCAACAUUUUAAGGUUGAAGUCAAAGGAGAUCCCACUGAAACCCACUGCUGAAUGAUUAUAUUCUCCCUUGAGCAGAAAACUUCAGAUGUGCCAUGCAGUGGUGUCUGUUUAUUAAUUAUUUGCUCUUUGAUAAAAAAUCCCCAGCAAUAAAAACGGGGUCACUUUAUUGCCCUCUGUGCACAUUAGUCUCUUGGAUUCAACUUUGCUGGUUCUCUAGAAUUUUCUGACUUUUUAGCAUAAUUUUGAUGAUUGAGAACUAUUUUGGAGAGGAUGGGUCAGGUGCUUUGCCUCCUUAGUCUUUUAAAGUGCCUGCAUAUGAACAAAGUUAUGGUUCUGUAAAAAAGGAAACCCAUUCCAUUUUUCAAGUAUGCUUUGUUUUAAGCCAUAAAUACAGAUUUUUUGUCAUUCUUCCAGCCAGAAUUUUUGAGAAGAGUUAAAGCAGAAAGACUAGUUAGAGAAUUAUGUUGUUCAAAUCUUACCUUCACCUUUCAUUUACCAGAUUGUUCCUUACUCCUUCCAUGCAGCCCUUUCUUUGUCUUUAAGUGCGUGCCUCCAGGCACACUUAUUUAUUUUUAUUGUCUCAAGGUAACAUUUAAAAUGUGUAAUUAAAGUAAAUAAAUCUACAUUUUUGACUUUAUAUUGCAUUUACAGGGAUUUAAUUGUACUUUGUAAUUUAUUUUUUCUUAUUAGCCAAAAGUUCAAUGCAUUGUUGAUGAAUUAGAUACCCAUAUGAAUACCAGAGACCUGGACAUGGUUUAUCAUUGUUGCUCUUAAGUCCUAUGAAUGACCUUUUUAAGUUCUUGAUUUUAAAGACAUGCACUCAUCCUGGAAAACAUUUGCUGUAUAAUUUGGUCAGCAGUUUCAUCCUAUCUAUUUGUGUACUGUCAUGAUGUCUUAAAAUACAGGAGUCACACACUGAGUUGUUCAUUUUGUUUGCUUUGAGCAAAGUAGAUGGAUGUUUUGGCCAUUAUAAUGUGAAACCACUUCUUUCUUUACAGUAUUUGACCAAAUUUGUGUGUCUAUGAUAUUUGUAAAUACAUGCAAUAUCUGUAUUUCUUAUCAUAAGCCUAUUUAGUUUUAUUCUCAGUAGGGUUUUUGGACUGUACAGUGUUUAUAUGAUCUGAACUCCUUAUACAUAAGAAGGUGUGUAUAUUAAUCCAAUUAUGGACUUAAAAUAUUUUAAAGGUAUAAAUACCCUUAUUUGCUGCAAAGACCAGUCUGUAGACAUUUGCUUUUUAGCAAUAUUUUUAAGUGCUCCAUUUUAAUGCCAAGGAAUAAAUCUUUUGGCAACACAAACUGGUCAAUAAUAAGUAAUGCAGGUAUGUUCAGGUUAAGCCAACAAGGUUUUGCAUUUUUAUGCUUCUUUUCUGUCAACACUAAUGAAAUCAACAUUGCCUGAAUGUCUGAGUAAUGAAACACAUCCCUGUUUAAAAGUGUGUAACUGAAAAAGAAAUAAAAAAUAAAGGUAGUUUUUUUAAACUUG